AUGCUGCUGACUCAAGGGUUCGGUAACAAACACGAUCCCCAUUCUGAUCACAGAUCAGAAGGCGUCGCCCUCCAUGACCCAAGAUACAAGGAGGCAGAGGUACAGUCAGGGAAGACCAUCGCCUCUUUGAUCGCUGCUAUCAACCUUGGAAAGAAUCAUUGGCACAGUUCAUGGGAUCCACUAGCUGAGGAGGCAGGAAAGUCUGUUUCACCCUACGUCAGUGGGCCGAUGCGAAUCGGCAUUGUAGGCGAGACUGGACAAGGUAAAUCUUGCCUUAUCGGAGGUCUGUUAGGUGACGAGGGUAUAGUUCAAACUGCAAAGAGUGGCGAGAGCCUUACCAGAGUGAUUCUCGAGUACCAUCACUGGAUCGAUCACGACUCACGUUUCAAAUACCGCGCAAUCAUCUCUUUCCUCCCGUGGGAAUCUGUACAGAAGCGAAUCGAGACGUACUUCGAACACUGGAACCACGGGCUUUUGUCACAUGAAGACGAGAGCGAGCAUGAAGAUGAAGAAGGAGAUCAAAGCCCAGAUCCCGCAGGCCCGGAUUCUCCAGGGGCAGAUACGGAAACAGCUACAGGGGUGUUCCAAGCACUCUUCCGUGGAGACCCCAGUUUUGAGGACGAAGAGACCAUGAAGGACUACCUGUUGAGCAGUGAACGGGCACCUGUGCGACAUGAUAUACGAGAUCGACUUGUCAGUCGCGCUCGCGACAUGUACGAUGAGCUUGAUUGUCAGGACACAGACAUCUACAAAAGAACCACCGAAGAACUGUGGCAUGAGCUUGCUCGAUUCACGCAUGGUCGCUCGGCCGAUGACUCAAGAAGAGGUUGCGACGCUUGGCCCUUCGUCGAAGUUGUCAAAAUCGGCGGCCCCUUUGCCCUGAGCGAGCACAUCGUAAUCGCUGACACGCCGGGUCGAAACGACUUGAAUCGACUUGCGCGUGCCAGCGUGGACGACUACCUACCGUCUUGUUCGUCCGUGAUAAUAGCGUGCAACAUUAGUCGCAUCAUAUCUGACGACAGCCUCCCCAAUCAAAUUGAGAAGAUCCAGCGUCACCGUCCUGUGACAGUAGUCGCUACAUUCUCUGAGGACGUUGGCCUAGUCCCCAGCAGGCACACUAAGCUCAGCCCAAGCGAGAAGCAUACGUAUAUGAGGCUUCACGAAAAACUCAAACAGCUCCAAAACGAAGAGUUGGACCCGUCCGCCGCUGAAGCUAUACUACGCAACCAGUUGAAGCAAAAGCAUGUUAAGAAAGCCAUUGCGCAAGUGCUUGUUGAGGAACGCAGCCGGCGCGUGAAGGAAAGGCUUAUGGCAGCAGCACGGGGCAAAGGCCGUCCUCACGCAGUGUUUUGUGUGUCCGCUUUCGACUAUCAGCGUAACAUUAGGGGGAUUGCUGCUCACGAUUCCGCCCUUCUUCCUCUCAGCCCCAAGGACACGGAGAUACCUGCAUUGAAGCAACAUCUCAUUUCGUUAUGCUCGCCCAUGCGAGUAGAAGAGCUAGUCCGCUAUGUGGGCGCAACAUUACCAGGUCUCAUGCUUAGCAUGCAGAUGGGGAUCAACAAACGAACCGAUGUGUUCCAAAUCAAAAUCGAAGGUGGAGUCGAAAAUCUGAGUAGUGUAAUAGACACCUUCUCAUGUAUAGAAAGUUCGACUGAUGGCGUUCAAGGCAAUUACAAAAAGCCUAGAAAGGGCAAGCCCAGUUGGAACCAUCAGUUGCUCGAGCAGCACCGCAUGAGCCUCAACCCGAUUUUUCAGAACAUCCAUGAAGCUCUAUGGAAUAGUAUCGAACCAGUGAAACGAGAAAUUCUGUCAGCAAUGGGGAAGCUAGCCGAGGACAUUCGCAAGCAGUAUCCAGACUCUAGACCUGCUGAGCUGAACCUACUCCUCAACAGCAUCUACAUGAAAUUUGCACCUGUUACCACGAUAAAAACCAAGUGCAUUACCAAUCUGAGAACGUUCAUCGAGAAGCAGAGAUUACGCUGUCUUACUGACACUGACGAUAUCUCCUACUUCGGGUACGCCAUGAUCGAUGUAUACAACAAGAGCAAAGAGACCAGGCGAGGAAACAAAAAGGAGGAGACACGAAAGGUCAUGCAACAUAGAACGUUCAAAAGACUGCUUCGCGACGAAGAUACAACGCCAUACCACGCGAUUUGUGUAAAACUGAAAAAAGCCAUCGACAGUCAAAAGCAGGUGAUCAAGGAGUACUUGGAGGAGAAGAUUGAGUCGUUAUUCCAGGCCAUCGGUAAUGAUCUGAAGCGAUUGGGAGUGGAGCAGGCGAACCUGGACCACAGAGAAGACCGCAAGGUUCGUGAGUCGAUUGGCAGGACGCUUUCGAAGGCGAAGGAAGAUCUUGGGACGAUUGAGGCGUUAUUGAAGGAGAGCGGCGUUGAUUGCGAUGGUAUCAAGGAUCAGUCGACGUGA